CGAUCUCUUUAAUACUCCUUUCUUCGUCGUCUUGCUCGAUGAAAUGUCUCAGGGAAGAAGCUGCACCUCAUGCACCGCCAUGAAUGAAAAUCUUUGAAUUCUCUGUCACAUCAUCUUCCUCGGUCCUUACUUUCAACUGGGUAGAUCUCAAAUCUUGAAAGAAAAUGUCUUUCUUCUUUGGUUGGAUCACUGGACUCUUCAUCGGUAUUGGAUUGAUCGUUGCGUUUGCUCGUUAUGAGAAAAUCCGAUCCUCUCGUCGUUGCAAUCUGGCGUCGACCGUGGCUGCAUUUGCAAAGAUAACAGUGCAGGAUACGAAGAAGCUUAUACCGCCCAAGAAUUACCCUUCUUGGUUAGCUUGGCUUAAUCAAGAACUUGACAAGAUUUGGCCAUAUGUUAAUGAGGCAGCAUCAGAGCUGAUAAGAAGUAGUGUUGAGCCAAUUCUGGAACAAUAUACGCCUGCUGUGUUGCAAUCUUUAAAGUUUUCAACAUUGACUCUUGGGACAAAACAGCUUGAUUUUACGCUCAAGGUUAUUGGAGGUGACUUAUCAUCUAUUCCAGGGAUCUCUGAUGCAAUUGAGGAAACUAUAAGAGAUGCAAUUGAAGAUUCUAUAACAUGGCCAGUUCGCAAAAUUAUUUCCAUAUUACCAGGGGAUUACAGUGACCUGGAGCUGAAACCCGUAGGAACAUUAGAUGUGAAGCUUGUGCAAGCCAAAGACCUAACAAACAAAGACCUGAUUGGGAAAUCCGAUCCUUAUGCUGAGUUAUUUGUGCGUCCAUUACGUGACAGAAUAAAAAGAAGCAAAACCAUUAAUAACCAGCUGAAUCCCAUUUGGAAUGAGCACUUUGAGUUUAUUGUAGAAGAUGAAUCAACUCAACACUUGACAGUAAGAGUGUUCGACAAUGAAGGGGUUCAGGCCUCCGAAUUGAUUGGUUGCGCUCAGGUGGCAGUGAAGGACCUUGAACCUGGCAAAGUGAAGGAUAUCUGGUUGAAACUGGUCAAAGAUUUGGAGGUCCAAAGGGAUAAUAAAAACAGGGGUGAGGUGCACCUUGAGCUCCUCUUCAUUCCUUCUGGCACAGAUAGCAACAUUUUGAACCCAUUUAAUGCUGAUUUUAGAUUGACCUCAUUGGAAAAGACGCUUAAGAAUGGGAUGGAUGGAACAGCAGAGGCUGCUGAGCUUGCAAGAACGACCAUUCAGAGGAAAAAAGAAGUGAUUGUAAGAGGAGUAAUAUCUGUGACAGUAAUAGCAGCAGAAAACCUGCCAGUAGUAGAUUUUAUGGGGAAGGCAGACCCUUAUGUUGUCCUCGUUAUGAAGAAAUCUGGCACGAAAGUGAAGACAAGGGUUGUUAAUGAUACCUUAAAUCCGGUAUGGAAUCAAACAUUUGACUUCGUUGUGGAGGAUGCAUUACAUGAAAUGUUGAUUUUGGAAGUCUGGGACCAUGACACCUUCAAGAAGGAAAAAAUAGGGAAUUGUAUCAUGACACUCACUAGGGUCUUAAUAGAAGGGGAGGUUCAGGACAAUUUUUCUCUGGAUGGAACUCAAUCAGGAAGGAUAUUUUUACACAUCAAGUGGACUCCACAGCUUGUGUUCCGUGAGCCUUGAUGAUAAGAGAAUGCUAAAUACCAUCUUUGACAAGGUGCCGAAAAUUUUCACCAGAUUGCCAACCUGUGAAGAGAUUUGCAGGUUGAAGAUAGUAGUCAUUACAAAGCUAAAAAUUUAUAAUUCUUUUCUUCUACAUGAAGGAAAGACAUGAGUAA